AAAAAAAUAAAAAGAUCUGCACGGGCUUGUGCUGUGUACCGUUAAACUGCGAUACAAAAGAGAAAGUUCUGCAGUUUUAAACAAAGGGAGCUUUGAAACUGCGGAUUGAUUGUUUAUUUGACAGAAACAGAUUCUAGAAUUUGACACCAUCCCGAAAACAAGGAUACGCUGAUGAUAUAAAAAGCAAGUCCUUCUCCAGCAAGUAAAAAAGGGUGAUAUACACAAAUAAGUAGAGCAAGGGGAGUGAAAACCUGCACUCUGAUUUGUUGGUUCCAUACAAAGGUUUGCUGGGAUGGGUAAUCUUCUUAAAGUCCUUACAAGGGAUAUAGAAAACUAUCCACAUUUUUUCCUCGACUUUGAAAAUGCACAGCCUACAGAUUGUGAGAGAGAUGUGUGGAACCAGGUCAAUGCAGUGCUGCAGGAUUCGGAAAGCAUUCUUUUAGGUCUUCAGGCUUACAAGGGAGCCGGUCAGGAGAUAAGAGAAGGAAUACAAAAUCCAAGUGACUUCCAACUCCAAGAACGAGCAUGGAAUGCUGUUUGUCCAUUAGUCAUCAAACUGAAGAGUUUCUAUGAAUUCUCGUUAAGACUGGAGAAGGCCUUGCAGAGUCUCUUGGAGUCCCUGACAUGUCCACCCUACACUCCAACCCAGCACUUGGAGAGAGAGCAAGCCCUGGCCAAGCAGUUUGCAGAGAUUCUCCACUUCACACUUCGAUUUGAUGAGCUCAAGAUGAGAAAUCCAGCCAUUCAAAAUGAUUUCAGUUAUUACAGGCGGACAAUAAGUCGCAACAGGAUAAACAACAUGAAUAUAGAAAUUGAAAGUGAAGUGAACAAUGAAAUGGCCAACAGAAUGUCCCUAUUCUACGCUGAAGCCACACCAAUGCUAAAGACUCUGAGCAACGCCACAACAAAUUUUGUCUAUGAGAACAAAACAUUGCCUUUGGAGAACACAACAGAUUGCUUGAGCACUAUGGCCAGUGUCUGUAAAGUUAUGUUGGAAACACCGGAUUACACAAGUAGAUUCAAUAGUGAAGACACCCAGCUGUUCUGUAUGAGGGUCAUGGUGGGAGUCAUUAUCCUGUAUGAUCACGUGCAUCCUGCUGGUGCCUUCACAAAAGCAUCGAAAAUUGACAUGAAGGGAUGCAUUAAAGUUCUGAAAGAACAACCUGCAGACAACGUGGAAGGUCUUGUGAAUGCCCUCAAGUUCACCACAAAACACCUGAAUGAUGAGACCACUCCAAAAGCUGUCCGGGCUAUGCUCCAGUAAAUAUUUUUAUAAGAAGAGGAUCUAUGUUCUGACCUCAGAAGAUGUAUAUGUUUACAUAAUUUAAUACAACUUGAUGUUCAUACUUGUGUGUAUUUACAUAGCCAUUCCCACCCGGUUAUUGAAACUUAUAUAAAACUAUCCUUAUUCUAAAUGUAAUUGCCAAUGCUAUUCUUUCAUAAAGCACAACUUAAUUAUACCUUACAGCCUUAUAAAUUGAGACAAGCAAAACUGUUUGGCACAGUAUAUAUUUUUUGUUUGUUUUAUCGUAACCAUUUUAUUACAGUUUAAACCAGAAGGCCACUGAUCUCCUAGGUUUAGACUUAGGCAGGCCUGCCUCGUGUGCCCCUGCUCGGGGGAAGCAUGGUAAAGGUAGCACAGAUUUGUAAUGUUUUGUAUGUUGGUGUUUUGAUGGUAAGUUUGGAUGUCUGAAUGGUUACCCUGAGGGAGCAGUAGGCUUAAACUGAUAUGAAAAUAUAAUAAUUUUAUAACUCUCAAAAUCUUAACCAAAAGUGAUUCUAGAACUCACUAUCUUUUGUUGUGACUGAAAGGCACUUCAAAUGCAUUCGUAAUACAGAUGUUGGUAGCUUUAAAUUGGCAAUGUGAAGAGUGGCCUUUAAAAAAGUACUUUCUUUUGUGAUGUAUUUUAUCUUUGUCGUACCUUUUUAAAAUAAAUUGCAAUUGAUGAAUUAUGUAUGUUGUGGUGCUUAAGUGGCAACAGCCAAGAGCACAACUCAUAGAAGCCAGGACUUUCAGAUCAAGGUGUACACUUUCAAAAGUGCAGGCUAAGAUGCAUUAAUGUGUGCCCUGUGCUAUUAUCAGCAGCCUGAAGACAUCCUAAGCCAACAGCCCUGGCUUUUACUCCAGGACAGCAACACGUACAUCUAUUGUUUUAUGGUAAAACAAAACUUCAAAAAUAAAAUAGACUGUACAAUGAAGUAGCAGUAAAAUAAAUAAAUAAAUACCAGUAGAUAAACAAACAAAAAAACCCGCUAUCACUUUAAAUGAGUGGAAAUUAUUAAAAUCACUUUAUUUAAUAAAUGCUCAACAAACUUUAUACAAAGACUUUAAAUAUAUGGCUGCAUAAAUUAAGACAAAUUAUUAUCUGGAGACAUGACGAGAGGAACGCAUUUCUUACAUGUUCAGAUGGAAAUACUGUUAAAGGUUAAGCCUCUCAUUAUUGCCAAUGAAACCUUGCACCAACAAAUUACAAAACACAUUAAAUGUCCUUCCUUCUUGUUGUUGUUUCCAAUUGUAUUAAUAAAUAAAAUAGUAUUCACUUAUACUGAGUUAAUACAUUUGGUGGUUAGAGCACACAUUAAAAUGUGAAUAAAGUCUGUUGAAUUUACUUUCAAACGAGACUUUUUCUGGUAAUGAUUUCAGCCUGAUUCUGUUCAUUUUAUGCAUUAUGUUUUCUUGCAACAUUGUUACUGUUGAUAAUGUUUGACCAAAGGGGCAUUAGAGAUUUUUAUUGUGAGUUGAUUUUACUUGUGUGUGUGUAAGCGCAAAAGACUGUUGCAUGGUACAGUUAGUAACAUCAGUAUUACACAUUCACAAAAUUGUGAUAAGCAUUUUCAGCAAAUGUUUUCAAGCAUUUUCCUUUUUUAAGCUUCAGAAAUCAACAUUUUUUUUUUUAAGUGUUUAAACUGAACAGUUUUCUGGCAUAUUAUAUAGUGAUUGUAAAGGCUAAAAUACAUCCUUGAAGUUCAAUGUUUGAUUUCUUAAGAUUACCUAUUUUUAAGAGUAAGUCCGUUUUGAUGAGCAUGAAAAUAAAGUGCAAAAUUGAAGCAAAAACGAAAUGUUCUUCCAAUGUCAGUAUUCCAUGAGUCUUAAAUAUCUGAGUGAUGCCUUUUAAAAGCCUAGUGUGCAAAACAAAUGCUAACUGCCAGCUCUAAUAAACAUUCAUAAAAAUAUUUUUAACUGACAGGAUUGUUUUAAAUGUGUCUUGUAUAGUUUGGAAAAAGCUGUUACUGGCUGCUUUACUGGAUCUGCUUUGUAUUGUACAUUUAUAUGUAUGUUUGAAGUGAAAAUAAAAACUGGUACAUUUCCU